AGAAAACAUAAUCUUCUAGAUAAUGAACUCUUCAGAAUAUACAGGAGGAUCUGGGAUGAAUGCCCUAAUAAAACAUCUUGAGGAUGAGGAUGAGGGAGAUGAGGGGCUAAAUCUACGGAUUCCUCCUCCAGGAGAUCCCUUCUCCGCUCUGCUCUCCAGUAUGAUCCCGAUGAAGGGGGAGAUGAGGGGGGAUGAGAAGAAGGAGAAGAAGGACCCUAAUGCCCAACCAGAGUUUAGAUAUGAUGAGUUUGGAUUCCGAGUAGAAGAGGAGGAUGGACCUGAAUACAGUUCAAGCAAACUACUCUCUAUACCCUUCCUAGAGUCCCCUAGAAGAAAACUACAGUGGUCAGUAGAGUUGGAAUUGGGACAGAACAAACAAACCUUGCUCAGGAAUGGUAGGUUUGAUGAACUAGUUAGAACUGGUAUCCCGCACUCCUUGAGAAGAUCUAUUUGGCCCCUUCUUCUCCAGGUUCACAGGAAACGAGAAUCUGCUGGUAUUAGCUACAGAGAUAUUGUGAGUUCUUGUAACGAGGAGUCCAGUCAGUGCAAUCGACAAGUUGAAAAAGAUCUUCUCAGGACAAUGCCGACCAAUAUAUGCUUUUCAACCAAAGAGUCUGUAGGGAUACCAAGAUUAAGGAGAGUUCUACGUUCUGUAUCCUGGAUAUUUCCUGAUAUUGGAUAUUGUCAGGGGAUGGGGAUGAUUGCAUCUUGCCUUCUCCUCUUCAUUCCUGAGGAAGACUCCUUCUGGAUGAUGACUGCUAUUAUUGAAAACCUUCUUCCUUCAUCCUACUAUUCAUCCAAUCUUUGGGGGGCUCAGGCUGACCAGCUAGUUCUCCGGUCACUCAUCUCUCAAUAUCUACCACAGGUGGAUGAGGUUUUAAGAUUACAUGAUAUCGAACUAUCCUUGAUUACUUUACACUGGUUUUUAUUAAGGGUGAAAGCUCGAAAACAUUAUUUAAUCGUUGUCAGAGUUUGGGAUUUACUCUUUCAUCAGGGAACCCUGGUUCUGUUCAAGGUUGCCCUUUCAAUGCUACAGAUCUCAGAGGAGAGAUUAACACAGGCUGAGAGUUCAGCAGAUAUAUUUAAUAUACUUGCAUCAUUGCCUAGUCAGAUUGAUGAUGUAGAGGCUUUAAUGCAGGCUGUUCAUGAAAUACCUAAUGAAAUGGUUAACAAGAUAAAAAUCGACGGACUAAGACGAAAACAUUUAUCCGAGAUCAUGUCAGAUCAGUCAAGCUUUUCCCUCCACAUGGAUAAUAGUCAGGUCAUUCCAAGACCCUGGAGUCUUCGAAGAAAGGGAACCAGAUCGAAGUCCAUUGUUGACAUACUGCUAGGCUCAUCAGGCCAGGAACCAACAGACCCAAGAUGUAAGAAUAUAAAGAGAACUGAGCAGUUGGUUUAUCUCAAGGAAGCAAUUCUUAGAAUUGGAACUUUUUUCCAGGGACUAGAUCCUGUUUACCAGAGUGUAAAGAUGCAACCUGACUACUCAGUUAUCAGUCACACCAGAGAUAUCGAAGUUUAUCUGAAUACGUCGCUAACAAAAAGGAAACGAGCUAGAGCACUGUUAGAUUUUGAGCGAAAAGACGACGAUGAACUUGGAUUCAGGAAGAAUGAUAUUAUCAAUGUCGUCUCACAAGAAGAUGAACAUUGUUGGGUUGGAGAACUUAACGGUCUCAUUGGAUGGUUCCCAGCUAAAUUUGUUCAAGUAUUUCAUCAUUCAUCCAUCAAUCAUUUUCAUAUAAAUUCUAAUUGCAUUUUUCACUAUUUAUUAGAUCUGGUUAGAGGUUCCCUUUGCUCCGCCUUAAAACAGAUUCUUGAACAAGGACUCCGCCCUACUUCUAUACUUGGUGGAACUAUUCAUCCUUGGUUAUUUAUUCAGGAGGCAGCUGCAGAAGAGAUUAGUAGAGAUUACAACUCUGUUUUCUCUAGACUUGUUCUCUGUAAAACAUUCAGGUUGGAUGAGGAUGAAAAGGUUUUAAGACCAGAUGAGCUUCUCUACAGAUGUGUUCAUUAUAUAAACCAAACUCAUGAUAAGGUACUUCAUCUCUGGUUUGAGAGUCUCUGCUCCGCGGAGAAAUCUAUUGAGAAGUUCUAUUCUCCUCAUGCUAUCCUGGCUUCUCCAGGUUGGGUUCUGGUAAAAUGUGAGUUACGGGUUCUUUCACAGUUUUCUUUCCAGCUCUCGCCUAAUUGGGAAAUCACUGGCAGCACCGAGGAUUCAAUUCCACUGAGGGAAGGAGUUCGAGAUAUGUUGGUUAAACAUCAUCUAUUCUCCUGGGAUAUAUAAACAUAUGUUCGUGAUAUGCUGGUUAAACAUCAUCUAUUCUCCUGGGAUAUAUAACCAUAUGUCCCAAAUAUGCUGGUUAAACAUCAUCUAUUCUCCUGGGAUAUAUAAACAUAUGUUUGAGAUAUGCUGGUUAAACAUCAUCUAUUCUCCUGGGAUAUAUAAAUAUAUGUCCGAGAUAUGCUGGUCAAACAUCAUCUAUUCUCCUGGGAUAUAUAAACAUAUGUUCGAGAUAUGCUGGUUAAACAUCAUCUAUACUCCUAGGAUAUAUGAACAUAUGUUCGAGAUAUGUUGGUUAAGCAUAAUCUAUUCUCCUGGGAUUUGUAAACAUAUGUUCGAAAUAUGUUGGUCAAAAAUCAUCUUUUCUCCUAGGAUAUAUAAACAUAUGUUCGAGAUAUGCUGGUUAAACAUCAUCUAUACUCCCGGGAUAUAUAAACAUAUGUUCAAGAUAUGCUGGUUAAGCAUCAUCUAUUCCCCUGGGAUUUAUAAACAUAUGUUCGAAAUAUGUUGGUCAAAAAUCAUCUUUUCUCCUAGGAUAUAUAAACAUAAUUUUGAGAUAUGUUGCUCAAGCAUCAUCUUUACUCCUAGGAUAUAUAAACAUAUGUUCGAGAUAUGCUGAUUAAACAUCAUCUAUACUCCUGGGAUAUAUAAACAUAAUUUUGAGAUAUGUUGGUCAAGCAUCAUCUAUACUCCUAGGAUAUAUAAACAUAUGUUCGAGAUAUGCUGGUUAAACAUCAUCUAUUCUCCUGGGAUAUAUAAGCAUAUUUUUGAGAUAUGUUGGUCAAACAUAAUCUAUACUCCUGGGAUAUAUAAACAUAUGUCCGAGAUAUGUUGGUUAAACAUCAUCUAUACUCCCGGAAUAUAUAAGCAUAUUUUUGAGAUAUGUUGGUCAAACAUAAUCUAUACUCCUGGGAUAUAUAAACAUAUGUCCGAGAUAUGUUGGUUAAACAUCAUCUAUACUCCCGGAAUAUAUAAGCAUAUUUUUGAGAUAUGUUGGUCAAACAUAAUCUAUACUCCUGGGAUAUAUAAACAUAUGUCCGAGAUAUGUUGGUUAAACAUCAUCUAUACUCCUAGGAUAUAUGAACAUAUGUUUAUUUGACCUAUAUUUUAGACAUUUUUUAGCUCAAAAUUUGUAAAAAUAUUGUUUUCUUCAAGUUUUGUUUAAUCGAAAUCGUUCGGGGUGUAGCUUCUGUAUAAGUAAAUCUUUAACAAAAUAUAUUUGUACAUUAUU